CCCCCCCCCCCAGAACCUCCCUAACCAACUCAUUCUCCCCUUCCCCCGUGAGGCCAAGUGCUGAGGGGCAGCGAGAGAACGAGUGACAGAGAACGAGAAACUGGGAGAUAGAAAAAGCGAGGGAGUGAGUGAGAGAGAGACGGAGAGAGCGCGAGAGAGACCCAUGCAGGCGCGAAAGAAGUAUGUGCUGCUGGCCCUGUGCGCAUGCUGCUGGCUGCUGCUCUUCUACUGGGGCGGGGUGCAGUCGCGCCUGCUGCGCCUGCUAAACCCGCGCGCGGGCGACGAGCCCCCCAGGCCCUGGCCCGAGUGGGUGGACCGGGCCCUGCUGCCAGGCUACGCGGCCCUGGAGGAGCUCCAGGCGUCCGGAGGGUCCGGCGACUCCCCCCGGCAGCGUCGGCAGGCUUGGGCGGGCAUUUACCGGGACAGCCGCUGCCGCAUGGACACCUGCUUUGACUUCUCACGGUGUCGGGCACCGCUACGGGGAAGGCCCGCGUCUAUGUAAUUGCCGGAGCGUCGGGCGAGCUGCGUCUCGAGCUACCGCAAGAUCCUGGCAUCGGUGACCGAGUCGCGCUACUACACGGCGGACCCGCGCGAGGCCUGCCUGUUCGUGCUGGGCAUCGACACGCUGGACCGCGACCAGCUCUCUGCGCAGUUCGUGCCCAACGUGGACGAGCGCAUCCGCGGCUACCCGCUGUGGAACGACGGGCGCAACCACCUGGUCUUCAACCUGUACUCGGGCACAUGGCCCAACUACACGGAGGACCUGGGCUUCCGUGUGGGCCAGGCCAUCCUGGCCAAGGCCAGCCUGAACUCGGAGCACUUCCGUCCGGGCUUCGACGUCUCCAUCCCGCUCUUCUCGCGUGACCACCCGCAGAAGGGCGGCGAGCGCGGCUGGCUCCUCAGGAACUCGGUGCCGCCAAGGAGGAAGUACCUGCUCAUGUUCAAGGGCAAGCGCUACCUCACGGGCAUCGGCUCGGACACGCGCAACGCGCUCCACCACAUCCACAACGGCAAGGACAUCAUCUCGCUCACCACCUGUCGCCACGGCAAAGACUGGGAGAAGCACAAAGAUGCACGCUGUGACCACGACAACCAAGAGUACGAGAGGUUCGACUACCAGGAGCUGCUCCACAACUCCACGUUCUGUCUCGUUCCUCGAGGUCGGCGCCUGGGAUCAUUUCGUUUCCUGGAGUCUCUGCAGGCGGCGUGCAUCCCAGUGCUCCUCAGUAAUGGAUGGGAACUGCCCUUCUCUGAGGUCAUCCAGUGGAAUCAGGCAGUCAUCGAGGGAGACGAGAGGCUAUUGCUACAGGUGCCCUCGACUGUGCGGGCGGUGGGCAUUGAGCGGGUGCUGGCCAUGAGGCAGCGCACACAGAUGCUGUGGGAGGCCUACUUCUCCUCCGUUGACAAAAUUGUGCUUACCACCCUGGAGGUGGUGUCUAAAUCCAAAUACUGCUCUCAGAUAAUCAUUAUAUGGAACAGCGAGAAGCCACCUCCACAUCGAAGCAAAUGGCCUCCCAUGCCAGUGGCUCUUAUCGUCACAGACGGCAGAAGGAAGACGACUAGCCGCUUCCUGCCCCAAGUUGCCAUAGAGACAGAGGCGGUGCUUAGUCUGGAUGAAGAUACCGUGCUGCUCACAAGCGAGGUUAACUUCGCCUUCCAUGUCUGGCGCAGUUUCCCAGAGAGGAUUGUGGGAUACCCUCCCAGAAGCCACUUCUGGGAUCCAGUGAAGCAGGUGUGGGGCUACACCUCCAAAUGGACCAAUGAGUAUUCCAUCGUCCUGACAGGGGCUGCCUUUUACCACAGGUAUUACAAUCACCUGUUCUCCUAUUACAUGCCUCACUCGCUGCGAGCACUUGUCGACCGCACGUCCAACUGCGAGGACAUCCUCAUGAACUUCCUGGUCUCAUCCGUCACUCACCUACCGCCCAUCAAAGUGGCUCAGAGGAAGCAAUACAAAGAGCUGCCCAGUCCACAGGGAACGAAGAUGGCCCCGUGGGCAAACCCCGAGCACUUUACCCAGAGGCAGGAGUGUGUGAACGCGUUCGCCAGCUGGUUCGGUUACAUGCCUCUGGUGCACUCCCAGUUCCGCCUGGACCCAGUGCUCUUCAAGGACCACGUGUCCGUCCUGCGCAAGAAGUACAAAGACCUGGAACGUGCCUGAGAUGGAUGCCUGGACAGACAUUGAUUGAUGAGAGAGAGAGACGGGUAGAGACAGACAGAUGGGUGGGGUGGACAGACAGGUGGAAAGAGAGACGUGAGAACCCCGAGGCAGGGAAAAUAGGUGGUGGAGACUAAGAGUCCUCCUCCGCUGGAUCGGGACGAAUCAGGGGACCAGAACUGCCUUGGGUGGACCGACAGAACCACCCCCACUGGAGUCUGUGAAGCCUCGGGAUUGGAGGAGAGGAGGGGGGCAGGGUCCCCCCCUUCUCUGGGGCGGCACAUUGGUGCUCCGUCCUUGACGGACAGAAGUGAGGGCUGGAGAAUCAUGCAGGGCUGUGAAUGCCCAGAUCAGUCCUGCUGCUACUUUGAACUGAAGGAAAAAAACAAAACAGUGGAAUGAAAUGAAAUGUUCAGACCGACACCAGACGGACUGGUGCAAUGAACUCAAAACAACAAAAAAGGAGAUGAAAGUGGAUUCGCAAAGCGAUGGGCGAUUUCACCUGCUGUGGUUAUAAUUGCUAAGACCAAUAAAACAUUUCCUAAGUGCA